AUGUUUUUGGAAUUCUUUAUUUUAAUAAACAUAAUAGUUGGAGAGGAAAUAGUAAAAGAAGUCAGUAGUGCAUGUAGAUGUCAGCAAAUAUUGAGUGAAAAAGAUUGCAACUAAAAAUGUAAAUGGAAUUUAGAGAAAAAAAAAUGUUUUGAUCGAAAGUGUACUGAAAUAGAAGAAGAAGAAGCAUGUUUUAGUAGGAAUUGUAAUUUUAUUGAGAAUUAAUGCUAAAGCUUAGAUGAUUGUAGCGAUAUUUUAAUUAAAUAUUUUUGCAAUUUAAAUUCUAAAUGCAUUUAUGAUGAUUAAAAUCUAAAUUGUAGAGAUGAAAUAAAUGAAGAAAUAGAUUGCAGUUCUUUUAAGACUAAGAAAAGUUGUUAAAAUAAUAUAGAUUCAAAUAAUAAUUAUUGUAUCUGGAUUGAUAAUGAUGUAGAAGAUGGAUAUGUGAAAUAACCUGGUAAUGAUUUUGGUACUUGUAAGAGUUAUCCUUUUGAAACAUGUGAUAGUGCUAACCUAAUAUUUCAUCCAAUAGAGUUAUGCGAAAGGAAUUAAUUUUAAUGUAUAUGGUCGAACGAAAGUUGUUAGUAAAAGGAUUGUACUUUGAUGGGGAAUGAUGAAUAAUUGUGUAAAGAGAAUUUUUCUUCAAUAAGAGAGGGAAAAAAGAUUUUAUUAUGUAGUUGGAAUGUUGAGAAAAAGUAAUGUGAAAAUGGAUUUAACGUUUCAACACUGAGAGAAGAAUAAUGCUAUAAUGAGAAAACAUUAUUUUAGUUAACAUUUGAUGAGGAAAAUAAAAAAUGUACAAAAUGUCCUGGUAUGGGAUAUAUAAUAGUGAGUAGUCUAUUAUUUUAAUUGAUAUUUUUGUGA